AUGAACCCGGAGAAGGACUUCGCGCCGCUGACGCCCAACAUCGUCCGGGCUCUGAACGACAAACUGUACGAGAAGAGGAAAGUGGCCGCCCUGGAGAUCGAGAAGCUGGUCCGGGAGUUCGUGGCCCAGAACAACUCCACGCAGAUCCGCCAUGUGAUCCAGAUCCUGGCGGCGGAGUUCGCGCUCUCGCAGCACCCCCACAGCCGCAAGGGGGGUCUGAUCGGCCUGGCCGCCUGCUCCAUCGCCCUGGGGAAGGACUCGGGUCUGUACCUGAAGGAGCUGAUCGAGCCGGUGCUCACCUGCUUCAACGACUCCGACAGCCGCCUGCGCUACUACGCCUGCGAGGCCCUGUAUAACAUCGUGAAGGUGGCCAGGGGGGCCGUGCUGCCCCACUUCAACCUGCUCUUCGACGGCCUCAGUAAGCUGGCAGCAGACCCGGACCCCAACGUGAAGAGCGGGUCCGAGCUCCUGGACCGACUGCUGAAGGACAUCGUGACGGAGAGCAACAAGUUCGACCUGGUGGCGUUCGUCCCGCUGCUGAGGGAGAGGAUCUACUCCAACAACCAGUACGCCCGGCAGUUCAUCAUCUCCUGGAUCCACGUCCUGGAGACGGUGCCGGACAUCAACCUGCUGGACUACCUGCCCGAGAUCCUGGACGGGCUCUUCCAGAUCCUGGGAGACAACAGCAAGGAGAUCCGCCGGACGUGUGAGGUGGUGCUGGGCGAGUUCCUGAAGGAGAUCAAGAAGACGCCGUCCAGCGUGAAGUUCGCCGAGAUGGCCAACGUCCUGGUCAUCCACUGCCAGGUCGCCGACGAGACCAAGCUCACCAACGACCUGAUCCAGCUCACGGCCAUGACCUGGAUGAGGGAGUUCAUCCAGCUGGCCGGCCGGGUGGUGCUGCCCUACACCUCGGGCAUCCUGACCGCCGUGCUGCCCUGCCUGUCCUACGACGACAGGAAGAAGAACACCAAGGAAGCGGCCAGCGCCUGCAACCACAGCCUGAUGAAGCUGGUGACCGCCGAGGAUGACGAGGAUGAGGAGGAGGAGGAGAGGAGUGGCAGCACGGUGUCCCCGGCCCGGGAGGAGGGGCCGCCCCGGACGGAGGCGGACUGCAGUGACGUGCUGAACGCGUCCCAGGAAUCCGUGGGUUUCAGUAACAUCAGCUUCUUCGCUCCGGCGAGUUCCGACCGGCCUCAGGUGACCCUGGACCUGGAUGGGAUCGUUCAGGUUCUGGACCGGCACCUCCACGACUCCUCCACCGGGAUGAUGACCCGCAUCGCCGUGCUCAAGUGGCUCUACCACCUCUACAUCAAGACGCCGCGCAAAAUGUUCCGCCACACCGACAGCCUGUUCCCCAUGCUGCUGAAGACCCUGUCCGACGAGUCCGACGAGGUGGUCCUGAAGGAUCUGGAGGUGCUGGCUGAGAUUGCGUCAUCUCCCGCCGGCCAAACGGACCAAUCGGGCGCCUGCGACGGCAUCGACAGCAAACUGGUGCUCAAGGUCCCGGGCUCCAAAGCGGUUGACUCCUCCCCCUCCACUCCCAGUAUGAACUCCUACUUCUACAAGUUCAUGAUCAACCUUCUGAAGCGCUUGAGUCAGGAGAGGAAGCUCCUGGAGAACCGAGGAGCUUUCAUCAUCCGGCAGCUGUGUCUGCUGCUCCACGCCGAGAACAUCUUCCACUCCAUGGCCGACAUCCUGUUGAAGGAGGAGGACCUGAAGUUCGCCUCCACCAUGGUCCAGACGCUGAACACCAUCCUGCUCACCUCGGCCGAGCUCUUCCAGCUCCGCAACCAGCUGAAGGACCUGCGCUCCCAGGAGAGCUGCGCCCUGUUCCGCUGCCUCUACCGCUCCUGGUGCCACAACCCGGUGGCCACGGUGUCGCUCUGCUUCCUCACGCAGAACUACAAGCACGCCUACGACCUCAUCCAGAAGUUCGGAGAUCUAGAGGUGACGGUGGACUUCCUGAUGGAGGUGGACAAGCUGGUGCAGCUCGUAGAAAGCCCCAUCUUCACCUACCUGCGGCUGCAGCUGCUGGACGUGGAGAACAACCCGUACCUGAUCAAGGCGCUGUACGGCCUGCUGAUGCUGCUGCCGCAGAGCCAGGCCUUCCGGCUGCUGUCCCACCGCCUGCGCUGCGUCCCCAACCCGGAGCUCAUGAGGACGCUGGACGAGUCCCGGGACGUGGACUCCAAGCAGCAGACGGCCUCCAGGCGGACCUCCCACGCUCAGGUGGAUUACAACGAGCUGCUCCAGCACUUCGACCGCGUCCAGAGCAAACAUCUGGAGGUCAGACACCAGCGCUCCGGGCGGGCCUCGGACCACCCGGACAGGAAGCUGGUGUGAAGUCUCUGUGCCGCAGCGACCUCAGGUCAUCGAGACCAGUGAGAGACGGGUGAAUCAUGUUGGGACGUAGAUCUAGUUGAACUGACAGAUGCUAAUGAAGCCAAAAAGUAUUAAGAGAUUUAAAAACCUAUCAGAGAAGCACUGGAUCUACAAUUCAUCUUCAAUAACCACCUCUUAUGUUUGAACGUUUCUUUGCUAAUAAAGAGGGAAAGAUUAUGCAACAUAAGUAAGAUACAUUUAAAACAGGAAACAGAUUUAAUACUCGUCAGAUUGUCUUUAAUGUGAAGACUCAAAGAAUGUGCAUAGAAUCACAACCAGCUGUGGUGAGGAUGUGGUCAUAUCCCGAGUUAUAAUCAGCUGCCUAUAGGCUCUUUCUUUUCCAGCAUAAAUUAAAUAUUAUUUCAACCGAAACUGUCACGCAUACCAGUGUUUUAAUAUUUCACUUGUUUCAUUUGCUGUCCACGUGAACCUCAGUCUUUUCACGCUGUUUCCUUCUGAGCAGAACAAAUACAGCGUGAACUCUUUGUUGCCUUAAUCUCACGACAGCCAGGAAAGACGUCUGCACCCGGCUCGGCCGCGGUGAACUCUGGGAGCCGUGGUGACUGAUCGCUGGUAUAAACUCUGGUUAGAACCCGGACUGUUCCUCCUCAUUUCUCUGUUAUUACAGUUGAUCAGAAACUUGACUUGAAACACUUCCAAAGCUUUUAUUUCACUUUCGCCUUCUUAUAUAAUCUUCAGCAGAUUUGUAUCUGUCUCUUGUUUGUGAAGUGUCUGUUUGUCUUGCAUUCCUUAUUUAGAAAAGAUCUGACUGUGUCAUUUUUGUGUGGAAAUUAUUAAAGUGGACCACAUGUUUAAAAUCAUACUUCCUUUUCCAUGUCUGGGUAUUACACAAAACCUGUGUAUUUAUAAAUGAUGGUUGAGGAAGGAAAAGAAGAAACCACUUCCUUUUCUUCGGUUAGAACCUGAAGCCUUUGAAAUGUUUUAAAUCAAUAUUUUGCACUUGAUUAUAUUAUAGCAAUGUUGCUUAUUGUACACCAGGCUUGAAAUUAAGUCAGUCUUACUUUCCGUUUAAAUGUUUAAAACGCAUUUUUAAUCAUUUUGUUUAGGUGUGUGCUGUGAUUAAAUGUUAAACGCUAGACUUUAUUGAAGCGAAUGAAUGGUUGUAUUCAAGCAGCAGACUUUAAAAGUUUGCUUGUACAUAUUUAAUUGUAAAGAAAUAUAAUCUUUCACCUGUUCAAAUGUUUCCUAGUCCUUAAAAACAAAUCACUGCAGUAACUGUAAAAUUGUAACUAAA